AUGUCCUUCCCCCUCACACCCACCUUCCACCUUCGCCAAACCGGCUGGUCCGCCACCACGCGCGCCCACCCGGCCAUGAAAUGGAUGGAGCACUACACGACCACCAUCAUCGAUGCGCGCGCCUUCACGGACCCCUCCACCGAUCCCUCCACCUUCUUCACGCCCGGCGCCGUCCUCGUCACCUCCGCCGGCGUGACCGUCACCGGCGCCGCUGCGAAAUGGGCCGCGCUGCGCGACAUCUACGGGCCCUUCGUCGCCAACUACCACGAGCCGCGGGAGCUGUUCUGCGUCGAAAAGGAGGAUCUGAGCGGGUGGGAGAUGCUCGGGCGGGCGAAUCUGUAUGUGAAGAUUCCCAGGGAGAAGGGCGCCGGGGAGCAGGGGGUGCGGAGCGCGGAUGGGCGCGAGUGGGAUGCGGUGGUGGUGAGUGCGUUUCGAUUCGAGUAUGUGAAGGUGGAUGGGGGCAUUAAGUUGGCGCGGUCGGAGAUUUUUUCGGAUCCGAUGCCCGCCGUAGGUGUGAUGUUGAAGAGGGGGGUGGUGAGGGCGGAGGUUUUGUUGAAGUAA